AUGCAAAUUAUGCAACGCUCCUCCCUCCCCUCCUCAUGUCUCAAUAUUCUAUUCUUCUUUCUUACUCACUCUAUUAUUUUCUCUCCCUUUUUCUCUCUAUCCAAACGCCCCCAGCCAGAGCCACCCUCUUUCUGUGAUCGGAACUGCGCCGCCGCGUCUCUCUCUCUAGAAUUAUUCACAACUCUUUCGCGAGAAACAAACAAAUCCUUUCCCUAUCGGAACUGUCCAUUUGCCCAGAAGUUAAGCACUCUCCAAUCAGACCAACGAACGAACAGAUAAAAGUUUGACCGAGGGAGAGAGGGGGAUAAUAUCGAAUUAUCGACUCCUCUCAAAUCUCAUCUAUCUGUGUCUAUCCGGAUCCUCGAUUUUAGCAUUUCGAAAGUUGUCCGUUCGAUUCUCUACGGUUUCGUACUUUUAUUUGCUCGGGAAGGCAUGAUGAGAAAUCGGGAUCAACAGUCUAGGGCUUUUUACGAGCUCUCUGCUCUGGUUCUCAACAUCCUCCGAUCUCCUCCUACGCCGAUUCAGUUCGCCGAUAGCUCUCCGGCGAUGCGUCCACCGCCGGCAGUGCCUUCGUCCAGGCCGCCGCAGGCGAUGCCGCCGAUUAGCCCCGCUGGUUUUGCGUCGUUGCUUUUGGGGAUUUCGCUGUCUCUGAUGCUCUGUGGAUCAGUUACGUUUUUCAUCGGGUUCAUGUUGAUGCCUUGGGUUCUCGGAUUAGUUAUGUUUUUUUAUGUGGUUGGGAUUGUCUCCACAUUGUCGAUGCUGGGACGCGCAAUUCUUUGUCACACCAUGUCGCCGUCCUCGCCGAGGAAAAAUGUUCCAGUAAGCAAUUCUGAAAAAGAAAAGAAAGCAAAAAGGAAAAGGAAAGGCAACGAUAUGUAUCAUCUUGCGGGAGAUACUACUUGCUGUUCGCAGAUACUCACACUUGGAGCAUGGAAACUGUUGUGAAGGAAAAUUUAUUACUACCGAGGAUUCAGCAGCACUAAUACUCCUUUGCCGAGUGCUGCCUCUAGCAAUAUGUACAAGGGAAAGAGAAAUUGACAAGGCUUCUUGGGGGAAACACCGCAUGCAGAAACUGUGGAUCGGUUCUGUUUUAAGAACCAACAUGUAGAUAAUGGCUUUUAUGUUGAGCCCUAUAGUAAAAUGUUUCCAAGAAGCCAAGUAUUGAUUUGUAGUGGUGGAACCAGAUAAAAUUGCGCCUUCUAUCCAGUUGUAUUAAUUUUUCUUGCUUCAGUGACACUCUUUUAACUUUCCGUUAAUAUAAAAUCUUCACUAUUGAGGAUCGCAAAA